AUGGCGGCUCCUGUGCUUCACACGCGGUUGCCCGGAGAUGCGGCCGUUUCGGCCUCUGCGGUCAAGACGCUGGGCUCGUCGAGGACCGGGCUUUCAGACAUGCUCGCAUUAGAGAAUGAUUUCUUCAGUUCUCCCCCAAGAAAAACUGUUCGGUUUGGUGGAACUGUGACAGAAGUGUUACUGAAGUACAAAAAGGGGGAAACAAAUGACUUUGAGUUGUUGAAGAACCAGCUGUCAGAUCCAGAGAUAAAGGAUGACCAGAUCAUUAACUGGCUGCUUGAAUUCCGUUCCUCCAUCAUGUACUUGACGAAAGACUUUGAGCAGCUUAUUAAUAUUCUGUUGAGAUUGCAGUGGUUGAAUAGAAGUCAGACAGUGGUGGAGGAGUAUUUAUCCUUCCUUGGUAAUCUUGUAUCAGCACAGACUGUCUUCCUUAGACCAUGUCUCAGCAUGAUUGCUUCUCAUUUUGUACCUCCCCGAGUGGUCAUUAAAGAAGGCGACGUUGAUGUUUCGGAUUCUGAUGAUGAGGAUGAGAAUCUUCCUGCAAAUUUUGACACCUGUCACAGAGCCUUACAGAUAAUAGCAAGAUAUGUCCCAUCCACACCAUGGUUUCUUAUGCCAAUACUGGUGGAAAAAUUUCCAUUUGUUCGAAAAUCAGAGAGAACAUUGGAAUGUUAUGUUCAUAACUUACUGAGGAUUAGUGUGUAUUUUCCGACCUUGAGGCAUGAAAUUCUGGAGCUUGUUAUUGAAAAGCUACUCAAGUUGGACGUGAAUGCAUCCCGGCAGGAUAUUGAGGAUGCUGAGGAAACAGCAGCUCAAACUGGUGGUGGAGCUGAUGCCACAGAAGCCCUGUUUAAUAUGGAUGAAGAUGAAGAAGCUGACCACGAAACCAAGGCUGAUCCGGGAAGGCUCGAUCAGAUGGUCCAUCCCAUGGCUGAACGCCUGGACAUCCUGCUGUCUUUACUCUUGUCCUACAUUAAGGAUGUCUGCUGUGUGGACGGUAAGAUUGAUAACAACAAAACAAAAGAUUUGUAUCGAGAUCUCAUAACCAUCUUUGACAAGCUCCUGUUGCCCACCCAUGCCUCUUGCCAUGUGCAAUUUUUCAUGUUUUACCUCUGUAGCUUUAAAUUGGGAUUCGCGGAAGCAUUUUUGGAACAUCUCUGGAAAAAAUUGCAGGAUCCAAAUAAUCCUGCUAUCAUCAGGCAAGCUGCUGCAAAUUAUAUUGGGAGCUUUUUGGCAAGAGCUAAAUUUAUUCCUCUUAUUACUGUAAAAUCAUGCCUAGAUCUUUUGGUUAACUGGCUGCACGUAUACCUUAAUAACCAGGAUUCAGGAACAAAGGCAUUUUGUGACGUCGCUCUCCAUGGACCAUUUUAUUCAGCCUGCCAAGCUGUGUUCUACACUUUUGUUUUUAGACAUAAGCAGCUUUUAAGUGGAAACCUGAAGGAAGGUUUGACGUACCUUCAGAGUCUAAAUUUUGAACGGAUAGUGAUGAGUCAGCUGAAUCCUCUGAAGAUUUGCCUGCCCUCGGUCGUUAAUUUUUUUGCCGCAAUCACAAACAAAUACCAGCUCGUCUUCUGCUACACCCUCAUUGAGAGGAACAACCGCCAGAUGCUGCCCGUUAUCAGAAGCACUGCUGGGGGCGACUCGGUGCAGACGUGCACGAACCCACUGGACACCUUCUUCCCCUUCGAUCCUUGUGUGCUAAAGAGGUCAAAGAAAUUCAUCGAUCCUCUUUAUCAGAUAUGGGAAGACAUGAGUGCAGAAGAGCUUCAGGAGUUUAAGAAACCCAUUAAAAAGGAGGUGGUUGAAGAUGAAGAAGAUGAUUUUUUGAAAGGUGAAGUUGGAAUUACACCAAGCUCCUUUGACGCGCACUUCCGCAGCCCUUCAAGUAGUGUGGGCUCCCCACCUGUCUUAUACCUGCCGGACCAGUCCCCCCUGGUCACACGGAUUUGUGACUGA